AUGGAAUCGUUCAUACACGAUGGAAUAAUAUUAAAGAACAGCGUCGGCGAUGGGCGGAGCGUGGACGUGUUGUACGAACCGCAGUUCGCAUCAACCGAGAGCGUGGUCGUCGCAAGACAGACGGAAAAUAUCAAUGUGUUAGGGAAUAGCGAGGCUGAGCGAUUUUCUAUGGACCCAGGCACAAUCGCCUUCUUCGCCUUCACUGUCGACGGGCUGACAACGAGGACGGAAUCCCGCGAGCCGGACCUAAAGCGAUCUCUCAGCGCGCAGCAACAGAGUCCGAAUCCUGCCCUCGAAAAUGUUUUCAAGCGGCAAAUUACACGUACCGCCUUCAUCUCUGCCAACAUUUGCCGGCACCCCGAGGUCAGCGCAGGCAAGGAGCCAGAAGCCCUUCGUCUAAUCGUCUCCUACGACCCAGAUGACCAAUUCCCGGAUAGUACCAAGGCGACAACGCAAACCGUCAUCUUCUUCGAGGGCUCCGCAAUGCAAAGCAUUAGCCUGUCGAAUGGCCCCCAGUACGGAAGCAGGCGCAUUCAUGACUUCGGGUCCGCCUUUACGCUCUUUGUCGACGCAUCCGACUCGAACCGUCUCGACGGUGUACGGCGCUCCUUUUGUGGACUUCAAAACUAUGCGACAAUUGCUUCGGUGAAAGACGACAGGCCUACGGAGCAGAUGCUCAUGAGCAUGACGACGCGAGGCCUCGGCAACCUACCUAAGCAGCAGUUUUGGUUCGGUGGGCUCAACUCCAGCACGUCGUACACUGGAAUCCUCGUCCGCUCCAAGCAGACAACCGUAGAGAAACGGCAGGCCAGCGGGUCUAGUACGAGCGCCGUCCAAGUCUUCCCAGAGUUCCAGUUCCAAACUACCGAAGGUGACAACUGCCGAGUCAUAACCGACCUUGAGUUCUGCAACGAAGUAGAGUACGCGGUGCCGGUAAAUAACAACAAGUUCAGCAACACCACUGCGCUCGCGAAAGCCUACGAUGACUUUGCGCGGUCCAUGUACUCCAACUUUGAAAAGGUGAUGAUGCAGAUUCCCUGCGAGGCGCCCAUCACAUCUCGAUACUCCCUGGCGCGAACCUGCGACGACUGCAAAGCAGCGUACAAGAGGUGGCUCUGCACCGUGGCUAUCCCGCGCUGCGAAGAUGUAUCCUCUACAAACCCGAAUGCCCUGCUGAGGAAUGCGCGACAGGAGUUCCCGAACGGAACGAAACUCGACGAAGCAUUUGUUAAUACCCUCAGGCCAGCACUUCUGACGUCUAGAAAUGAGUGGAUCGAUGAGACGAUUGCUCCCGGGCCAUACAAGGAAAUCCUGCCCUGCGAUGAUUUGUGUUAUACCUUGGUCCAGAGCUGCCCCGCUUCCAUCGGAUUCGGCUGCCCCCUCCCGGACGACCCAAGAUUCCAAAACAGCUACGGGCGACGCAGCAACGGCCAAGGUGCUUGCAACUUUCCCAUCUCUGCGACCUUUGUCAGCGGAUCUAGGGCCUUGGCCGCUCGCUGGCUGACGCUGGCAGCUACACUAAUAGUGUCCCUCUUCUCCGUUGUUUAG